AUGUCUGAUCCGCACAAGCCUUUCGCGGGGCCUCUGCCACCAUUGCCAUCAGCAUCAACCUCUCUCCCGAGUAUCCACUAUGUCGAAGGUCCCUUUUACUCGGCUCUUCACCAGGCGUGGGACACCACAGCUACUACGUCGAGUAAGUCUCCCUUUAGCGAUGAGCUUCGCGCAGCCCUCGACAAGGCCGAGGAGAAGACCAAAGUCAAUCUGCCUGGUCGAUCAAGAUCCUAUCACGACGAGCAGCUUAACAAAAUGGAAGAGGUGGGCGAAUACAUACUGUGGACAUCCCUGGUACUGGAGAGGCUCACAGCCGAGUUUGUCGAAGGACGAUAUCUCGCGGACACCAUUGAUGAGCUUCGUAAACGCUUAUGGGAAGAUGACUUAUCGACAAUGACUGUCAAUGCGAGCGUAAGCAAGUUGAGGAAAAUGAAAGAAGAGACACAGCGCCACGCAGAGGAGAUGAAACGAAUAUGGCUGCCAUCAAACUACGGGCCUCCGAUUGAGACGGAACGCACGCAACUGAAAUUCCGGCAAAGUGCAUACUCUUAUCACAACAAAGAUCCUCGCUCUCACCGAGACUCCAUGAUGAGUGGAACAUCAACUGCUGGGCCGGGCACGCACGAGUCACCCGCUGAUCUAGGGGACUCGGACGGAACCAGCGAAACAGACAGUGAGACUGAAGAUUGGUUCAACAAGACCAUCGAGACGCAACUCAACAAGCGUGGCAAGGGCGAGUGGAGAUGCGUGAGGGGCCUCAAAUGUAAACAGGGCGGCGUUGUCGAUGGAGUUGUGAGGGUCUUUGAGCGUCACUCUGAGUUCAAGUGA